GUCCCGCCCCCGGCGCGCGCCGCCUCACGGGGCUGAGGGGGGGGCGGGAAACGGGGAUCGGACCCUCCGAGGGCGCAGUCCCGAGCGGGCCAUGCAGCGGGGGACGCGGCUGCAGCGGGAGCUGUCUCUCCUGGCCGCGGAGCCGCCGCCGGGCAUCUCCUGCUGGCAGAGCGGGCAGCGCACAGACCGCCUGCGGGCACAAAUCCUAGGAGGUGCAGACACCCCCUAUGAGAAGGGAAUAUUCAACCUGGAGAUCAUCGUUCCUGAGAGGUACCCCUUCGAGCCCCCCAAAAUCCGCUUCCUGACCCCCAUCUACCACCCCAACAUCGACUCUGCGGGCAGGAUUUGCCUGGAUGUUCUCAAGUUACCCCCCAAGGGUGCCUGGAGGCCCUCCCUGAGCAUCUCCACCCUGCUGAGCUCCAUCCAGCUGCUGAUGGCAGAGCCCAACCCCGAUGACCCUCUCAUGGCUGACAUCUCCUCAGAGUACAAGUACAACAAGCAGCUGUUCCUGCUCCGUGCCCGGGAGUGGACGGAGAGGCACGCGGGGCAGGACAGGGCUCCCGAGCCUUUGGAAGAGAAAAACACCCCCAGGGAAAGGAGCCCCAGCAGUGAAUCCUCUGGGCACAAGAGGAAAGGCAGCAGCAUCAGCAGGAAGGAGAAGAAACCCUGCCCAGAUUCCUGAUCCCUGAGGGGGGUUUGUUCCCUCGGGAUUGUCACUGUCCCCUCACACAGGGACAGGGGGUUCUGCCCCUAAAGGGCUGCAGCACUUUGGGUUUCUGUUUCCCUGUUUGUUUGGGUUUGUGUUGCUUUUUGUUAAAUUUUUCAUUACAUUAAUAAAAUAGAAAGUUUUCAUUUG